UCCCCGCGGCGGCUCGGCUGCAUGGAACCCGAGAUAGAGAUAAUUCAGGUAGAAGACAGUGGUGAUGACCAUUUGUCUUUACAAGAUUCUCAUGAUUCGGAUGUCAGCCUCGAUGACCGACCAAUAGCCCCAUCUAUAGGAAGUGCACAUCAGGCAGAAAUCCCCAAUCUAGCCACAGAGGAUGAACGCCGUCAUCUUAUGGCCAGCUCACUCUACACUCGCAAGUUUCAUGUGUAUGAUGAUCCUGGUUAUGUUGCAUCAGCUAUACCAAUCAUACGGGGAAGCCAUCCACAAAGUGAAGUCAAUAAGAAGGAAGAUAUUACAAGUGAAUGCGAUUCACCAUAUCUGGAUCCUCAUGAUGUGCUGCCAGUAGGUCAAACUGAAUCUGCGAGCAAUCCAGUCUCUGGUGAAAAGCCGGUUCUAUGUUUCACUAGAAAAUGCCGCAGCCUCCUCACUGACCAGACAAUGGUGCAUCAAAGAGAAAAAGAAAAAACUGCUUUACUUCCUGGCUUAUCUUCCUCUGUUUGGAGUGAUCUAGAGGAAGAAUGCUUUCUUCUUGGACUGCACAUUUUUGGUAAAGAUCUCAACCUGUUGAGCAAGUUUGUAGGGAGUAAGACUGUGGCGGACAUGCUUUCGUACUACUAUGGGAGGUUCUACAACAGAGAUGCGUACAAACGAUGGUCGCACUGUAGAAAGACAAGAAGUACUAGAUGUAUUCUUGGGAAAAGCAUUUUUACCGGUCGCCGGCAGCAGGAGCUUAUAUCUCGUUUGAAAUCUAAAUUAUCCAAAGAAUCUCAUGAUUCGUUAGUUGAGGUUUUGAAGUCCUUCAGUGAUGACUUGACAUCUUUAGAGGAAUGUGUCUUCACUCUAAAAUCCACUAUUGGUCUAGAAACUUUUGUUGAUGUCAUUGCGGUUGGUAAAGGGAAGGAUGAUUUGACGGGAUUUGUUAAGGACACAUCCAAAGCAAGCAAAGGUCUAUCUGGUUCUGCCAACAUGGCUAAAGGCGUAGAUUGUUCCACGCUUGCUACAGAAGACAUAAUCAAGUUCUUAACAGGGGAUUUCAGGAGAAGUAAGGCAAAAUCAAAUGAUCUUUUUUGGGAAGCUGUCUGGCCCCGUUUGCUUGCAAGAGGGUGGCAUUCAGAGCAGCCAAAAGACGUCCGCACAGCUAAGAAUUGCCUUGUAUUUAUAGUGCCUGGUAUCAAAAAAUUCUCAAGAAAGAAGCUCACUAAAGGCGCGCACUAUUUCGAUUGUACCACUGACGUCCUUAAGAAAGUGGCAACAGAUCCCUCUCUUCUUGAGCUAGAGAUUGAUAGUACAGAUAAUGGUGCAUCAGCUCAUAAAAAUGCUAGGACAACAAGCCAAGAUGGUCCUCUGAAUGAUGAUAUGGAGCUUCUGGUGUUCACAGUAAUUGAUACUAGCUUGGUCCAAGGGGAAGGGCCCUUCGAAGUGAGGGCACUGAGAAGCUUACCCGCUGAUGCAGAUAUUAGUUCUGGACCUGCACAGUAUUCAGAUAAUAUGUCGAGUGACAGUUCCUCUCAGGAGCAAUAUAGUGGUGAUAACAUGUCAGAUGACCAGGAAUAUCAUGGACGAGAGUCAGCUCGUGCGAAAAACAUCGAAAUGGAAUCAGUUUACGGUACAACCUCCCUGGUGAAUUUGUUGCAAAGCAUGGAGACUGCACCACGGUCUGUUUCUCCAGUUGAUGGCCAUUCUUCUGAUGAUCAGCACUCGGACAUUUCUAAUAGUAAUGGUGACGAAGUAGAUGUGGCAUGCUUCUCUGCACUUGGAACGAAAGCUGGGAGACGUGUGUAUUUAUCCCCAAAGAGCAGAAGAUUUGCUAGCUCUAGCAAUGUCCAUACCAGCCGGCACAGCUUUUCUUUCCGAAAUGCUGAUGAUUUGGAGAGAAACAAAUUGAAGCCUCUAUCCGCUUCAUUAAAGCCAACCGUUGUUGAUCUUGGUGGUAGUUUCCAAACCAGAACAUUCGAAAACUUCUCCACGAAAGGGAAGCCAUGUGAGGAGAUAGCAGAUGUUGCAAAGUCUGCUACCAACGGCAUAUCACUUAAUGUGGCCAAUCUAAAUGAGGACAAGUCAUCAGAGGGAAAGUUUCAUACAGUAGAUGAGGCUAGCAUGGAGACUUCGCUAGACAAUCACAACUGCCUGCAGAAAAAUGAAGGUGUAGCUACUUCCAUUUCAAACAGCGAGAUAGUUCCUGAUGUUUUGGAGGCCAUGGGGAAACAUGAUCUGACUGUCCAGCCAAGGCAUGGAACCAGAACUCGGGCACCCACCGCAAGAGCUCUAGAAGCUGUUGCUCUUGGUCUCCUCGGAGGUACAAAGCGCAAGGGUGAAGCCGGAAGUCUGAGGACAAGAAGGCCUCCUCAGCGGGCUCGCAAGAACAAGGACUGAAUUUGUACAUCUCCAGUAUGGUUACAGAGGAACCCAUUUAGUUGGAGGCUGAAGUGCAAUGAUGAGCAGAUCGGCUUGCAUGGCUCGGGUAUCUUUAAAGUGUGAUCAAAUAGCAUCUUUCUGACGUUUCAUGCGGUGAUGGAUUUCACAAUGGGAGGUUCUCAACAUCGGUCAUCACAUGGAAUCUUCCAAUCCAUUUCAUCUAGAGGACAUCGACAUUGCUUCAUGUUCGAAUGCAUGCAUUGGGUGAUGACUAUUCUACAUAUGCAUGGUGCUCGGUGACACCUUGUUUCCCCUUCCUUUCUGGAAACUCGGAUGCAAGGUGCGCGAGAAAGAGUUUGUAAUUUUAUCUUGUUUGUGCUUAGUUUAAAGGGGUUUCAUGCCCAUCAAGUUGUGCAAAACCAAAAUUGUAAUAGAGAAGAAAGAUGAACAUAAU